UGCACAGUGUAGGCCGGCUCGUGGUGAAGUGUACACGUUUUUUGAUACAAGUUUCGGUGGCAAAUUUCGACACAACCAUGUCACGAAGGCUAACGAAGCGGUAUCUGAUACCAGCCGACGAAUACAAGUCCCCGCUGUCAGAAGAAACUCAAGCGAUUGCGGAAGCUGAACUCAGGGAAACAGAAAGUUCAAGAUGUCAAGCUCUUGAUGCCUUAAGGAAAUGGAUGGAACAGAAUCCUAAGUUUCUGGCUGUCAGAAUGGACUCUACUUACCUACUUCGUUACCUCAGGACUAAAAAGUUCAGCGUUCCAAUGGCACAAGAGGCUAUUGAGCGCUACAUUCUACUCCGGCAAUCCUGGGGUAUUGCAUUCAACCAGCUCGACUAUAUGCUGCCCGUUAUGACAGAGAUCAUUGACCUAGGAUACAUAUUUGUGAGCCCUUACAAAGACAAACUGGGCCGACGCGUCGUUAUAUACAGACCUGGUGUCUUCGAUCCGUAUAAGUACACAAAUCAGGAUAUGUGUCGAGUCAUGGCCAUGUGCUACGAGACCCUGAUGGAGGAUGAAGAGACUCAAGUCCGAGGAUUGGUGCACUACGCAGACGGUUCAGGAGUCAGCUUCCCACACCUUACACUCUUCACACCGAAGGAGGCCGUGAGAAUAGUUAAAAAUGGGGAGCGCACAAUCCCACUGAGACAUAAAGAAAUCUACGGGGUGAACGUACACCCCACUAUAAAGUUCGCGCUAGACUUUGGCAUGGGUCUCAUCUCAGAGAAGAUAAGGAAACGUGUGAAACUGUAUACGUCAAUAGAAGACGUUGAAAUCGACAAGAAACUAUUGCCGCAGGAAUACGGUGGAGUGAUGCCCAUGAAGGAGAUGAUACAACUAUGGAAAGCUGAAAUGGCAGCGAAAAGGGAUAUUCUACUGCUAAACGACAAAAUUUCGGUUCGGUUGGAAAUGUAUAGUGAAGCUGCCCGAGAAGGCGCUAUCUCAGCGUUGCGUGCUGGCGCUAACACUUGCGCAGGCGCAGAUGCUGUGGGCGACGCUAUGCGAGGACUGACUGGCAACUUCAGAAAACUAGAGGUCGACUGAUGCGUUAAUACGUUGAACACUUAGGAUUUACAGUUUAGCGAUAGAUUCAUUAGACAAUAAUUAGGUUUAAACCAUCUUAUAAUAAUAUCAUAAAAAGAACGCCCAAUAAGGUGAUAGGGUGGGGUAAUCUCAAAUUCCACCAAAAUCGGCAGUACAAAAUUUUAAAAAUCGCAACUGAUUAUGAACAUGUUUGGAAUUCAGUCAUAAACUUUGGUGUCAUAUAAGAUGAAGAAAUAUUGUAAAAAUAAUCUAUCUCAGAACCUCCCACUUGAGACAUCACUCACGACUGCGUCAGAAAAGUCAACACUGUCAGGUUUCAUUAUAACAAAGAAAUGACUUCCACUGUUACAUACAUAGGAUUAGAGGCUCCUCUGUUAGGAUUUCCAAAAACAGUCAUGCGCCGUUGGUUUUAGUUUCUUCAUCAUCAUCAUCAUCUCAACCGAUGAAGGUACAAUUACAGCUGGGGUUUUUUUGUAGGGAUAGCAGCACCAGAUUCGGUAUGGAGCCGCCUGUUUUCAGCGGCUAUUUUAGUUAACUCAUCAGUUUUGUAGUAUUUCAAUGAAAGUAUUCUAAUUUUAAGACUUGUGAUAAUAAUGUUUAUGUUAUAAGGGCCAGUUUUCCUAUCGCCGAAUAAUAUUCGUAAAAUAUAUUCCUCGUUAUUUAGCGAUCGAAAAAUCUGCCUGUAAUUGUAAAAGCUCUCCAUAGUUUUAAAUAAUAAAUAUCUUACCUAAUCAA